AUGGCUGUCAAUAUCCUCGGACUUGUGGCUGUCAUUGUUUUUUACAUGCUGAUUCUUGCAACUGGGAUUUGGGCUUCUCGAAAAUCAAAGCAAGAAGAAAAAUCAUGCCCUGGACCCAAAAGCGAAGUGGCCAUGGUUGGAGGCAGGAACAUUGGAAUCUUGGUUGGGAUUUUUACAACCACAGCAACGUGGGUUGGAGGAGCCUUCAUCAAUGGCAUUGCUGAGAUAACUUACCUGCCACAUCGGGGAGUAAGCUGGGUGCAGGCACCUCUUAGUUAUUCUUUCAGUCUUAUUUUAGGUGGCCUUUUCUUUGUUAAGCCAAUGCGGACUAAGCGAUAUGUUACAGUGAUGGAUCCAUUCCAAGAGAAAUUUGGCAGAGUGAUGGGGGGCCUCCUCGUGAUCCCAGCUGUAUUGGGAGAUAUAUUUUGGUCAGCUGCUAUUCUUGCAGCACUGGGAAUGACAAUGACUAUAAUUUUGAACAUUGAAACCUAUUUGUCCAUCAUCCUGUCGGCCUGUGUGGUUACAAUAUACACACUACUGGGUGGCCUCUAUUCAGUGGCUUAUACAGAUGUAAUGCAAAUGGUCUUUAUUGUCAUCAGUCUGUGGUUCUGCGUGCCUUUUGCCAUUAUGAAUCCGGCAGUUGCAGACAUCAAAUACACCAUGGUAAAUGAACUUUAUCAGAGCCCAUGGAUUGGUAAAAUAGAGACGGAUCAGAUUUCCCGAUGGAUUGAUGAUCUUCUUUACAUGAAAGUGUUUGAACAAUGGAACACUGAUAACCCGCUUCAUGGGUUUCCACAUUACAGGUUAUCAAUGCAGUUGGGAGCUCACUUCUCCAAAGUUUCUCAAGUGCAUUUUCAGCAAUCAGAUUGGAAUCAAACAAGCUACGGUUUACCCACAAGCAUGAUAUUGCCGAUUGUCCUUCAAUAUCUUUGCCCUGCCUAUGUCGCUAUGUUGGGAAUUGGUGCCGUUUCAGCAGCAGUUAUGUCAUCUGCAGAUUCAUCACUUUUAUCAGCAAGCUCUAUGUUUGCACACAAUAUCUACAAGACUAUUAUCAGGAAAAAGGCUGCUGAGAAGGAAGUGAUAUGGAUUAUGAGGACUACAGUGGUCUUGUUUGGAGCUUUAGCUACCAUACUAGCAAUUCUAACAAACUCUGUUUAUGGCCUGUGGUUCCUGAGUUCAGAAUUCGUGUAUGCCUUACUGUUUCCACAACUUGUUUGUGUGCUCUUCAUCCCCAGCACAUAUAUCUAUGGAUCGGCUGCAGGAUAUUUGAUUGGAUUAACUUUGAGACUACUAGCUGGUGAACCUUUCCUUCAGAUCCCACCAAUAAUUCAAUAUCCAGGCAUUUCCUUUAAUAAUGGCACAUUUGAACAACAUUUUCCAUUUAAAACUUUCACAACGCUGCUGUCCUUACUUUCCGCUGUGAUGUUCUCAUAUCUGGCGUCAUUUGUAUUUAAGAGAAAGAUUCUGCCUGUAAGAUUUGAUGUUUUCAAAAUUACUGAAAAAGUAAGUGAGGUGCCCACAGCACAAGAUGAAGAAAUUACUUUAAAAGAUUGCAGAAUUGAUGAACCUGAGGCUGACCAGAAAAAUGUGUAA